UAUCAUUUAUGCACACGGCGCACAUUAUAUUUUUAUUGUUAUCAUUAGGAACUCAAGGAAGUAAUGUUAAUUUGCAGUUGAAGGCAUUUUUUUUUCAGCGACGGAUAAUAUUCAAAUUCUCUUUUGGGGUCAUGUCACCGGAAACCAGAGAAACUAGUGGAGACGACGACGUUGUCGACCCGUGGAACGUAUGCAGUACAUCCAAAACUGGCAUUGACUACGACAAGCUCAUAAAUAGGUUUGGGAGCAGUAAAAUUACUGAUGAUUUAAUAUUGCGAAUUGAAACACUUACGAAAAAACCUGUCCAUCAUUUUCUCAAAAGAGGCAUCUUUUUUUCACACAGAGAUCUUCACAACAUUUUGAACUUGUAUGAAAAAGGAAAACCAUUUUAUUUAUAUACAGGAAGGGGUCCGUCAUCACAUUCUCUUCACAUCGGUCACUUGAUUCCAUUUAUGAUAACAAAAUGGUUGCAGGAGGUUUUUAAUGUUCCUCUUGUCAUUCAAUUAACGGAUGAUGAGAAAUUCUUGUGGAAAGAUUUAACCGUUGAAGAGACAAAGCGGUUAGCUAAAGAAAAUGCAAAAGAUAUCAUCGCUUGUGGUUUUGAUAAAAAAAAUACAUUCAUUUUUUCUGAUUUUCAAUUUAUGGGUGAAUGUCCCUCAUUCUACACCAACGUGUUGAGAAUACAAAAAAGUGUUACUUUCAAUCAAGUGAAAGGCAUUUUUGGAUUUGGCGACAGUGACGUAAUUGGUAAAAUCGCUUUUCCGGCCGUCCAAGCAGCCCCAUGCUUAUCUUCUACAUUUCCAUUUAUAUUUGGAAAUGAUAAAGUUCCUUGUUUAGUACCUUGUGCUAUAGAUCAGGAUCCUUAUUUCCGCAUGACGAGAGAUGUAGCGCCUAAGCUCGGUACUCAUAAACCAGCAUUAAUACACUCAUCAUUUUUACCAUCUUUACAAGGAGCUGAUACAAAAAUGUCAGCUAGCGAUUUGAAUUCGGCCAUUUAUUUGACAGACACUCCUAAACAAAUAAAGAACAAAAUAAACAAGUAUGCAUUUUCUGGUGGUCAAACAACAGUUGAAGAACAUAGAGAAAAAGGUGGAGAUUGUAGUAUAGACAUAUCGUAUCAGUAUUUAAGAUAUUUCUUAGAAGACGAUGAAGAAAUAAAAAAGAUUGAAAAAGCAUAUUCUUCUGGAGAAAUGCUAACAGGAGAGCUGAAAAAGUUACUAAUUGAUGAGCUGACAAAAAUAGUUCAAGAACAUCAAACAAACCGAAGUAAAAUUACUGAUGAAGAUCUGAAAGAGUUUAUGACUCCUAGAAAACUACUUUGGAAUGAAUUAAAAAAAUAAUUGAACUCUAAAAACAGUAUGAUUAAUUAUAAUACAAAAUUUGUAUUAGUAUGAAUAAAACUUAAGUAUUAAUUUGCUUUACUAAUA